AAGCGUGUAAGGUGGUGACAUCGUGACAACAAGUCAAAAUUCUUGAAAUCGAAAAUGGCUGACUCUGGACCCAGUAAAAGCGAUAUUGAAGCGGUAUUUCAAAGAUUGCGUUCCAUUCCCUCGAAUAAAGUAUGCUUCGACUGCAAUGCGAAGAAUCCUACGUGGUCAUCAGUGACAUACGGGGUCUUCAUCUGCUUGGACUGCUCGGCGGUUCACCGCAGCCUCGGUGUGCACCUUACGUUUGUUCGCUCCACACAGCUUGACACUAAUUGGACAUGGAAACAGUUGAGGAAUAUGCAGCUUGGCGGCAAUGUCAACGCGACACAGUUCUUCCGUUCACAUGGACUAGUAACAGAGGAUGCAAGACAAAAGUAUAACUCUCGUGUGGCGCAAUUGUACCGAGACAAACUAAGUUCCCUGUCUGAGCAAGCUAUGAAGACUUACGGGACAAAGUUACACCUGGAUCCAGCACCCACGGAGACAAAGGACAGUAAGGAGAAAGAGGUAGACUGGUUUGCAGAGCAUGGAGAGCUGUCUGACACUAACGCUAAUGAUAUUGCACCACAGGAUUUGACACGUAUGAGCGGCGCGCUAAGUUCCGCGGCGCGCCUGUGGGGCGCCGACGCGCCGCACGCCAACUCGCAGUCGGCCGCCGCCGCUCGGCGACCCGCUCUGGGCGCGCGUAAAGGAGGCCUCGGCGCGACCAAAGUGGCCGCCAACUUCGACGAUAUCGAACGAGAGGCGAUCAUGGCCGAGAAGCUCAAAAUGGAGGCGUCGUCGUCCGACCGGGGGGCAGACCGGUCAACGACGCUGGCGAGCGUGGAGGCGGAGGUGGCGUCGCUGCGCCUGGCCUACCGCGAGCCGCGCGACCGCAGCGAGCGCCUCGGCAUCGCCGGCGCCAGCCGCGCGCGCCCGCUCGGCGUGUCGCACUCGGCCGCCGGCGACAUGACGGAUAUCGCGCAAGAGGACGCGCCCGCGCCGCCCGCGCACGCCGACGACCUCGACGACUUUAACAACGUCUUCGUGAUGAUAAGAAAUGAACCAUACAGCAGUAACCGAGGCCUGGACUCGUUGCUGAACGAGGCUCCCAGCAGGAAGGUAGAUAACGACUCGUGGGAGAGCAUCGAGCCCGAGCCGACGCGCGCCGUCCGUAGCAUGUUCUCGGACGAGCCCGCGCCCGCUCCCGCCUCGGCACCCGCCCGCAGUCGGCCUUCGCGGAAACAGGAGCCCGAAGACGACUCGGCGGUCAAGAAGUUCGGAUCCGCCAAGUCAAUCAGUUCGGCGCAGUUCUUUGGAGAGCAGGAUCAGCGCUGGGGCGGCUCCCGGGACGGCAAUCUGUCCCGCUUCGAGGGCAGCAGCAGCAUCUCGUCGGCGGAGCUGUUCGGCGACGCGCAGGCCGCGCGCGCGCCCUUCGCCGUGUCCGCGCCCGACCUGGACGAGGUGCGCGAGUCGGUGCGCGCGGGCGUGACGCGCGUGGCGGGGCGGCUGUCGUCGCUGGCCAACGGCGUCGUGUCGUCCAUACAGGAGCGCUACGGAUACUGAGUGUUGUCAGCGUACAAAUAUUACAAAUGGAUAUAUUUAUGUGAUUUUCCAAAUACCGAGAGAUCGCCGUCUCGUUACUUUACUUUCGAUGACGAAGAAUUAAUUAAACUUUCUUUACGUUUUGAUUAAUCCGAUGGGUCAAUUUUACUGCAUAUUAGUUAACAAAGCGUGAUUGACGAUCUCCUAUAUAUAAAAAUUUUAUGUCAUUUAUACUUAAUUGCAGGUAUAAUUUUGUAUAUUGACUUCUAUACAAAUCUUAAAAUCAUUACGGUCUUUUAUACGUCAAACAAUCUGAUAAAAUGUUAAUAAUGCCUUAAGCGGUAAUAAAACUAUUAUAUGAAUAUAUAAGAGAGAUGAACAAUAAAUAAUAGUUUAUUUAAAUUUGUUAGUGGAUAGGUCAGGAGUUGUACAUAAUGUAUAUAAACGUGUCUAACACAACUGACAGCCUCCUAGUAGCGAUUGUACAGUCUUUGUAUUCAGCACAGAAAAUAUACAAAGUUCCACACAAUGUACGCCGUCGUAUUAAUACUACCUACUACACUUCGUUUAAAUAUAUACAAAUGAUGGCUUUGUUUCGUUUAGUAUACUUAAUUAUUGAAAAGUAGACACUGGUACAGACUUGUAUUCUCUUUACCUUUGGCAUUUUACAAACAAUCAUAUAUCAUAUAUCUCUAAAGUCGAGCGGCGAUGUUACUUGACGGUCCGGUAGGCAGCAUGUGUGUACGUGAACGUUGACCGCAGUAGUCUCGCGGAUGUGCGUCGCCAGAAUAUGAUAUAUUUGAAUGUACGAUGAGGUCAGUAAUAGUAAAUUUCGUAACGAAAUUCGCCUGUGACUGCUUGCAUUCCUUUUCUUUAUUGGUAUUCUUAUUAGUGGCGCACAAUUGCCCGUUUCACUAAGUCGCAUUUAACAUUGUAUUCUGUCAUUUUAUAACCUGUAGGUCUACGAUGGAUAAUUGUUAUUAUUAGAUAUAUUUAAUUUAGGCUUAAAUACACUUCCAUAUUAGUCCUACGACAAUUUAUAUAAAUACAGACAAUAAAUUCAUCUGUAUAUAUACGACCUUGUAUCGACAAUUGUAGCGAAUUAAAAUAUAAAAUUUUAUAAAAAUAUGUUCAAACAAUAAAAACUUACAUUAAUUAAAGCGCGUUUAUAUUUGUUUAAUUAACUCCGUGUCGACAUUAUCAAAAGAUAAUUAAGACAUUAUGUCGUCUAAAAAACGGAACUCUAGGCACGGGAUCACUUCAGUUACUGGUAAUUAGCCUCGACGCAGUUUUCAAUUCUGUUUUACUAUGUUGUAGCGUAAUAUAAGUAUUUUAUAAAUAUAUAUAAGUAUUAUAUAUAUAAGAUACGAAAAGAUAUAUAGUAUAGUAGUGUAUAGACAUAGACGUUUUAGAAUUUAUAGUAAAUGACAAACCUUAGUAUUCAUGAUUUCGUGUAACCGAAUUGUAGUUACUUGUAUAUUGCAACAUAUUACCACUUCUUUUUAAGAAUCACUCUCUUCUGCUUCAUUAAGUUUUCACCCACACACUAACACUACACUUCACUUCAAGUUAUAAGAUCUCUGAGCUGAUCUAUUUUCAUAUUUUUUAAUAAAAGUUUCGAAAGGGGAGUAAAGUUUUUUGGCAUUUGAUUUAGUAAUUAUUCAAGUUUUCGUAUGGAAGACACAGUUUUUAUUAGAUUGUAAUAAUUAUUAUUAAUAAAUAAAAAAAUAUAUUUGCAUUAA